UUUGUAUUUUCCUUUUCUCCACUUGUUUCAUAUCUUUAUAUUCCUGCCAAACUUCUGUUCUUAUAAAAGUUGUAUUGUCUCUGUUGAUGCAUAGAUAUGGUGCUUUGAUUCUUGAUGUUCGAGAUUAUGUCUCCAGUAAUCAGUGAAGUUCUUCUGUCUGGUUUUACCAUGAACUCAACUCUGCAUCGUCGUACUCACUUAGUUCAAUCCUUCUCAGUCGUCUUCCUCUACUGGUUCUACGUGUUUUCAUGAAACAGGAAACCUCAGUUUUCUUCUUCUUACUCAUUAAACUUCAUUCAAGAUCCCAACCCUUGGACUACAUUUCAGUUGUUAUUUACCUUUUGUAGUAGGGUACUUUUAUUUUCCACGAACAAUUACUUAUAGUUGUCUUUUGUAAAAAGAUAUAAUGGUGUAAAAAUCCUUUUUAUACAAGGUAAACUCUAAUUUUGGUACUACAAUGAUAUUGUAAUUGCAAGACCAUUGGUAAGGAGUUAUGGCUUGUUGUUGAAGUGGAACAAUGGUUCCAAAGAUGAUCAUCCCCAACAAAUAAUAAAUCAAAGGAAAUGCAAGAAGAUCAAGGAUGAGGAAACAGAAAUAUUUGGAUGACCUAAUGACUGAAAUGAGUCAAAUCAAGGAGGAAAACAACCAAAUUGAGAUUAACAUAAAUAUGUUCACUCAGCUUUACUUGAAGGUGGAAGCAGAGAACUCCAUUCUCAAAGCUCAGAUCGCCGAGUUAAGCCACAGGCUGCAGUUUCUAAAGGAUAUCAUUAACUGCAGGAAUGCAGCAACAACAACUAAUGAUGAACAGACCAUUUGGUCGUUAUUGGGUGUUCAAAAUUACUCAGAAUUUAUUCAUUUGUUUUGCUAAAUAAUUCACAACCUUUUUUUUCCCUACUUGGUUCCUUCACUAAGUGGCCUUUGACAAAUAGUAGAAAAUGUAAUUGGCCGUGGAGUUUCUUUCAUUCAUUCAGUUAAUAAAAGGUAUCGAAGGCUGUAGGGCGUGCAUAAAU